UAAUAAACCAAUUAAAUCAGUUUUUGAUUUCUUAAACCGGUCAAGAACUAAACCCUAAAUUUUGUAUCUGUGCGAUUCUGAGAGUUCCGCAAGUGAAUGAUCGAUGAGUGAUACUCUUGUUCUUCACUGAUCGAUGGUAAUCAAGGCCAAAUUUUGAAUCUUGGGUACGAAUUGGAUCAGAUAUAUUGGUCGAAUCGCUUCAACGAUUUUCAUUGUCAUGAAGUCUCUGAUAAUCCGUAGGUUCGUGGGGUUGCAGAAAUGGCGUAACUUGAGAGUUUCAUUGCAAAAUGGAUCUUCUUUUUCCAAUUCGUUCUCCUCUGCUAGUGAUGCUGAUGUGAGCCUUAGAGAUGGUCUAAAAGGUAACAAAUUUAAAGCCUCGUGCCUCGUUGAUUCACUGGGUUUAGCUUCAAAUCGCACUACAUCGGUCUCAAGUGAAGUCAGUUUCACGGACAAGGUAAAUCCUGAUUCUGAGAUUCUAAAUCUGUUUAGAAGUUAUGGGUUCACAGAUUCUCAGAUCUCCAACAUCAUUAGGACUUACCCACGGUUGCUUAUAGCAGAUUCUCAGAAAUCACUGGGUUUCAAGCUUAAGUUUCUGCAGUCUAGAGGAGCCUCAAGCUCUGAGCUCACUGAGAUUGUUUCUUCACUUCCAAAAAUCUUGAGAAAGAGAGGUCACAAAACACUCAGCUUAUUUUAUGAUUUCGUCAAAGAGAUUAUACAAGUGGAUAAGAAAAGAAACUUAUCUCAAUCUUUUCUGCAGGAGAACAAGAUCAGAAAUAUUUUUGUUUUGAGAGAAUUGGGUGUGCCGCGAAAGCGGUUAUUAUCUUUGCUCAUCUCCAAAUCUCAGCCCGUGUGUGGAACAGAAAGAUUUGAUGCAUCACUCAAGAAGGUCGUUGAGAUGGGUUUUGAUCCAACCACCUUAAUGUUUCUCCAAGCUUUGCACAUGCUUCACCAAAUGAGCGACAAAACGAUUGAAGAAAAGAUUCAAGUCUAUACAAGUGUAGGUUUCACUGUGGAUGAUGUAUGGGCAAUGUUCAAGAAGUGGCCACUCUCUCUGACACACUCGGAGAAGAAGGUAGCCAACUCCAUUGAAACAUUUUUUAGUCUAGGAUUCAGCAGAGAUGACUUUGUAAGGAUGGUCAAGCGGUUUCCUCAGUGCAUUGGAUUAUCGGCAGAGUUGGUGAAGAAGAAGACUGAGUUUCUGGUGAAGAAGAUGAAUUGGCCACUAAAGGCUGUGGUUUCAAACCCUACGGUACUUGGAUACAGCCUAGAGAAGAGGACUGUCCCAAGGUGUAACGUAAUCAAAGCUCUUAUGUUAAAAGGAUUGCUCGGAGACGGAGGAAGUGAACUCCCGCCAAUGAUGUCUGUGUUGGCGAUUACUGAUAAAGCUUUCUUAAACAGGUAUGUUAUGAAGCAUGAUGAUCACAAGCAGCUAGUGCCUGAGCUAAUGGCUAUCUUACUCGCUGAUCAGAAGACACGCCUAGAACAAUGAGCAACAUUAAGGAUUGGUUUUUGUUUUCUGUUAGUUUUAGAUUCAUUUAUGGAUCUUGAUGAAGCAGAAUAGCUUUUGUGUAUGAGUGUCUGAAACCAAUUUAGACUUUUAACCCGGAUCCAACGCGUUUUCUUCUGUGUGCAAUCUGACUGGGAAAACAACAAAUUGUAAUUGUGAAACUCUUUUUGACUUGUUUUUUAACUCUUCAACAUUAAUAAUACUAAUAGUCUAGAAA